GGCUUCUUCCCCUUUUAUAUUUUCUUCCUGUAUCCCAUUCCUCGACUAUAUAAAAAGUUCAAACGAGAGGAGCUAAACAAUUUAAAAGGCUCUUUUGCACAUACAGAGAGAUAGAGGCAAAAGGGAGCUCAAAGGGAAAGUGGCUGGUCAUAUUUAUAGGCACUCAGGUUCUUAUCUUUGCAAUUCUCUCUUAUAUUGUUUCUGGGAGUUCUUCGAGAGAGAAGCCCUCUUGUUUUCGCUUGUUUUAAUAUAGGCUGCCUGCUUGUGAUCAUUUAGAGAUCUUCCUUGCCAGGUUUUUCUCAUAUAAAAAGAACCAAAGGUACAAUUAGUUACUGGUGUUCUAUCUUCGAUAGAGAGAGAGAGAGAGAGAGAGAGAGAGAGAGAGAGAGAGAGAGAGAGAGAGAGAGAGAGAGAGAGAGAGAUGGCAGCUACCUCCCAAGCUACACUAAACCAGCAGCCCUUGUUUGAAGAUCAAGAGAUGCCUACACAAAUGGGCUUCUUUUCUUUUCCUCCACACUUGACCUAUCCUCAAUCGGCUAGUUGCCACCAGUCUCUCAAAGGCUUCAUAAUACCUCCUUCACUUGCGGCUGAUGCACCUUCUACCACCAAUCUUACUGAAACCCUACUACUCUCAUCUGUCACUAACAAGCAAAGAGAGGACACUAUUGCUUCUGAUUUGGGAGGACCCCAUCUUCUUUCCUUGCAAAGAUCUAGUGCAAAUCUCUGGGCUUGGGGAGAGGUAAAUGAGUGCUUGAACAGCAAAAGAAGUGGUUCUGGAGGAGAUCAUCUAGGGGUAUCAACAAUAAAGUUGAAGAAGAUAAAAGCAAGGAGGAAGGUGAGGGAGCCCAGGUUUUGUUUCAAGACCUUGAGUGAUGUGGAUGUGCUGGAUGAUGGUUACAAAUGGAGGAAGUACGGCCAGAAAGUGGUAAAGAACACACAGCAUCCCAGGAGCUACUAUCGUUGUACGCAAGACAAUUGUCGCGUAAAGAAACGUGUGGAGAGAUUAGCUGAGGAUCCGAGGAUGGUCAUCACAACCUAUGAAGGCAGACAUGCUCAUUCCCCGUCCCAUGAUCUUGAAGAGUCACAAACUCCAUCUCAGUUUAAUAACUUCUUCUUUUAGUAUGUUAACCAGUCAUCUCAAUUUAGCCUCUGCAAUUGUUUUUGCAUGAGCUCUUCUUUGACGGUGUCAAUGACAUGGAGAAAUAAGAGAGAGAUGCGGGUGCUGGCCGAGUUUCUUAGGCCCCCUGCAUCCUUUAUCUAAUUAAUGAAUAAGAACUUAAUAGUUGUUUUUUCUCUGUAAAUUUGAAUUAAAAUUGUAGAGCUUUCAGCUUCUUUUGUAUUGAUUUGGAUUUUGGGUACAUAAAUAACGUAAUUCUUCAUGAAUUGCUAGAUUAA